AUGGAUGGACAUGCGAGUGCCGAUGGGAAUCGUAGAGGUGGUGGUCGUAAUGGACGAAGCAAAAAUGGUGGUAAAGUGGUGUAUCGACGUGUAAAACCUGCAGAUGCAGAUACAAAAUUAAGCAGUCGUUUGGUGCAAGUGGUGGAUGAUGAUUCCAAUACUGAAGAGACAAGUACAUUUCAAUCGUCAUUGCAAUCUUCACUCAAGAAUUCAAUCUCAACUCCACUGAAGAAAAGGAAUGAACGCUCGGUUUGUAUCGAGAAGGACAAGUCACAUGCUAAUGGAGAGAGCAGGAAGGAUCGGCUUCCAAGUGUUUCAAUGUCGCAGAACAAAGACGCUCAGGUGCGGACGAAAGGAACACGACGAGUCAUUUCGUUGUCCUCUUUAUCACCUCAGAAAGGGACAGAAGAGACGAAAAAGUUUGUCAGCAGUUUGACACAAUCCAUGGAUAAAAAAGAAGGUGAUCAAGGAGUAAGAAAAGAGGAGACGGGAAAAAGAACGCAGGGCUCGUCAUUGCGUCGAUCCAAUAGUCGGGAGCGACGAAAAAGUUCCAACAGUCGAGAACCGAAAGAAGGAAAAGAUUUGCGCAACCGAUCGGUGUCGAGAACCAGGCUGGUCAGGAAAAACAGCAACGAUAGCGUGUCGUCGCAGCGUUCAGAUCGCAGUGACAGAAGUCAUCGCAGUGAACGAUACAAUGAAGAAUACCGUUCGACUUUUGAUGAUGGACCGCAAUCUCUUCGUCGACAUGCUAGUGGAUCCCCUGGACAAGCGUCGCUUAAGUCUUCUCUAUUGGGUUCCAUCUCCGCUACGACGAGUUCACAAGAUGUUCGUUUUCGAAAAGAAGGUCCAUCAUCCGGGACAAUAGGACGUCCGUUUGGCAGGCCGCCGCAAAAUGUGGCGUCGCGGCGAUCAUCUCUGGAUGGCGGAGCUUCUUCUUUGCGCAGAGUAAAUUCGAAGUUUCCGGUUGGCUUUUUAACGGGUAAAGGAAACUCUCAGGGUGUACAGCCUUUAGAUAUACAGCGAUUUCCAUCCGCACCCGGUGGGGUGAAAAGAAGUGAUCCUGUCAGAGAACUCAUUCCGCCAACGUCACAGAAGUCCGCUGCUGCUCCAGAUACGUGUGUGAAGCAACCUGACGCUCCAGUUGUCGACGAAGUGGAACGCAAACGUCUUGCCACCAUUUUGCAAGAGCGCAUGGAAUCGCGAAAGCUAGAACGCGGUAGCAGUCUGGCUCAAAUGAUGGAGGCGCCAUUAUGCCAUAAGGGCUCUAUGGAGAAGGAAGGGCGGCGAAUUCUAGCUGGCGAAAGGAAUGAAAAUGAAGGAGCGUCAAAUGGUAAUGAUACUGAAAAGGAUGUGAGAACCCGCGAGUAUUAUGCUAAGCUCAACAAGGAGAACGCAGAACGGGAAGCCUCGCGACGUGCAGCUCCAUUUAAGUCCUCAUUGGGGUCAUCAAUUGAGUCUAGUCUACUCAAGUCACAGGCAUCGAUCGGAGGAUCUAAUGAUGCCGCACCGCCUAGAACGAUAAGGUCUUGUUUGGCAGAUUCGACAGACACGAGACGAGUCCGAAUGCCAAAGUUAUCGCUAGCACAAGCUAUUGCGCCAUCUCGAACGACUAUGUCACGUGCCAAGAAAUUGCAAUAUUCGCUUGCAGAGCUAAGAAGACUAAUGACAUUUGCAAUACCGAAGCCAGCAGAUCUCCCCGAAAUGAAAAUUGUGGAAGUCAAUCAAAUGCGCGACCCGCGCUCCGUCAUCAAACGGUCUUCUGGGCGACUUGCAGCGGGCUACGGCAUUGGAAAAUCUAUUGGAGGCAGUAUUCGAAAAAGGGAUCGCUCUGACGUACGGGGUGGGCGUGGUGCGAAGAACCAAAGUAGUCUGAGAGAUGGUAGACGUGACAGGAAUGGCCGUGGCGGCCGCGGCGGUGGCCGUGGGGGUCGUGGAGGAGGAGGUGGUCGUGGCGACUACGGCCGACCGCCUCCACCCCCGCUUUACGAUGGUCCCAUCGAGCCCCUUACAGUGUCCGCGAACCGCUGGAAGCCCACGAAGGAGAAAGAGACUUCCACCCUCGAAAAAACGUUGAACUACAUAAAGAGUCUUCUAAACAAGCUCACGAGGGAGAAGUUUGCGAAGCUGACAGAUGAGUUUUGCGCAGUGGAGAUCGACAGCUUUGUCCUGCUGAGCUCAAUUGUUGCAACUAUAAUGGAUAAAGCGUUGGAGGAGCCCACUUUCGCGGACGUGUACUCUGACCUGUGCAAGGAAAUUCAUACGCGGACGAUAAAGAAAACUUGGAGCUUUCUGAGCGUGUUAAGUGAUGAAAAGGGCUCGUUUUUUUGGACUGCGAUCGACAAGGCGACAUUCACGUCGUUUGUUGGCCCGUUUGACAGCCCACGUAGCUGCCUUGAUAAUAUUGGGGCACCCGUAAGUGCAGCUACUUCUACAUGUGACUAUGCAUCCAUUCCCUCUGUGCAAUUCCGUCACCACGGUGACUACUUGGUUGCAGUAGGCGAACGAGAGACUGGAGUAUUUUACUACGCAAGACGAAAGAUCAACGAGAUUGGGGACGAUGAACCAUUUGGGGGUCCGUUCGUGUCAGCUGAGCUAGCACGCCACGCGGCUGCAUCCCAGACUACUUUUGUACGACUACUGGUUAACCGUUGUCAAGGCGAAUUUGAGAUGAUCAAUAAGCACGUUGGCUCUCAGCAAGAAAAGAAUGAGGAAGAAGAUGUCGACCCUCGACGGCGUGAAAUUCUUGCGAUGCGCGCAAAGGCAAAGAUGCUUGGUAACAUUCGAUUCAUUGGUGAGCUGUACAAGGUGGAUCUGAUCAAGCAGUCUGGAGUCCAAGGAUGCAUCUUUUACUUGCUUGGAUUAGAGUUGAUGCCUGGAUUGGAUGGCCAAGAAGGUCAAGCUCAGGCGGUUCGUUUUCCUGAUGAAGCAGACUUGGAGGCACUUUGCAAAAUGCUGGCUACAGCUGGCAAAAAGUUUGAUCAGCCGAAAACGAAGACAAUAAUGAAAAUCAUCAUAUUGCGCAUGGUAGAGCUGUCGGACGACUCGAAAUUGCCAUCGCGAGCUCGGUUCUUGAUCAAGGAUAUUCUAGAAACAAGAGACCACAUGUGGGAACCACGUCGCAAAGAGUUGCAACAAAAGACGCUAGAGGAAGUUCGAAAGGAGGCGCAAAAGCUUCAGCAGCAGGGAAAGAAUGCUCAGCACGACGACGUGCAACGGCGCCGCCAUAAGACACGUGUGUCUAGUGCUCAGCUUGCAAAGCAGAGCAGCAAUCUCAUUGUGGCUAGAAAAGUGGAUCCAGAGAAACCUGAGGAGCCCGAAGUGAAAGAGCUGUCCCCUGCACAAAUGUCAACCCGCGUUAAGAGUAUCAUCCAGGAAUACGUCUCCAUCGUGGAUUUAGAUGAAGCUACUACGUGCGUUCAGGAGUUGCCCGACGGUCCGUACCACAUCGAACUUGUAGAGCAAGCGAUCAGCACUGCGUUGGAAGGUAAAACCACUGAGCGCGAGCAUGCCGUGGAAUUGCUUGUGAGGUUGUAUGAACGUGGUGCGCUGGACGCGAAUUCUAUUCAAACUGCUCUGGUGAACGUUAUGGAAUUUCUGGAAGAUAUGAAGAUUGAUUUACCACUCAUUCACCAGUACUCGGCAUUGAUCUUUGGUCGAUUAGUCGCUGUGGGAUGCUUUGGGCUUUCGUGGAUUCUUUCUGAAGCUCUGGCCCAUUGUGUGGAGUGCAAGCUUACCUCACUGGUGUUCCCCGAGGUAUUAUCUGUCCUGGAAAUGGAGAGCGACGAGAGGACAGUGAUACGAAUGCUUACUGAUGAGGAAGUCAUGCCAGAGAGCAUUUUGCCUGCAGCAAUGAGGGCCAAUAAGGCUGAUGUGAUAGCAUAUCUUCGUGAAUAUGGCAUCGAGGAUUUCUUUGGUGGUGGUGAUAGCGAUGAAGAAAGUGAGCUCGAUCCAGAGAUUGCGGGGAAAAUGCGAAGCACGCUGGAAGAGUACUUAUCUGUCAAGGACUUUAGUGAGGUGGUGCAGUGCAUUGAAGAGUUUGACGCCAUUUCUGAUCGCUGGCUGCAUUUUGUACACAUUACUCUAGCGUUCAGUCUCGAGGCAAGUCAGUCCAUACGCAAGGACGUUGCUGAAUUGCUGGUAGAGCUAUUUGUUGGCGAGAAAAUCACAUCGGAAGAUAUCGAGGCCGCCGUUGAGAUCAUUCUCGACGCUUAUGAAGAUCUGCGCGUCGAUAUUCCGCAGCUUGCUGUCAACUUGAGUGAACUUUGGACACCAUUGUUUGCAAAGCAAGCCCUAUCAGUGCACUGGUUGAGUGACGCUUGCUCUCAUCUAGUAGAAAGAGGUCGUGCAGAAGAUAUACUAUAUGCUCUACUGGUCACGUUCGAAUUGCAAUUCGGCCCAGAAGCGUUAGUGGCGUGGUGGAAAACGCAAUCGGACGUGGAUGCAUUCUGGACGCAACUGUCAUCCCAGGACGAGCGACUAGCAAAGUGGAAGAAGCUGCUCCAAUGA